CAUGCUGUUCCCGUUAAGGUUGCCAAAUACUCACCUACUGGAUUCUAUAUUGCAUCAGCUGAUUUAUAUGGAAAGAUUAGGAUAUGGGAUACAACUAGCAAGGAGCACAUUCUAAAAUAUGAAUAUCAACCUUUUGCUGGACCUGUAAAAGAUUUAGCCUGGUCUGAGGACAGUAAGCGUAUAAUUGUUGGUGGAACUGGCCGAGAAAAAUUCGGUACAGUAUUUAUGUGGGAUACCGGUUCCAGUGUUGGUGAGAUUAUGGGGAUGAGCCGGACAAUUAAUUCGGUAGAUUUAAGGAUAACCCGUCCAUAUAGAGCAGUUACUGGAAGUGAAGAUUCCGUCGUAUGCUUUUUUGCCGGCCCUCCAUUUAGGUUUAAAUUAUCCAGUACUGUAAGUAAAAAUUAUGUUUUUAUAUCUAAGAAACAUUCCAAUUUCGUAAACUGCGUUCGCUUUUCCCCGACCGGUGCUGUCUUCAUAAGUGGAGGUGCGGACGGAAGGAUAUUCGUCUACGAUGGCGACAGUGGAGAAUGCUUGUAUGAAGUCGAACCUGCUCAUAAAGGAGGUGUCUAUGGAAUAGCGUUUUCUCCUGAUGGAAAAUAUUUUAUUUCUGCUUCUGCUGACCGAUUUGUAAAAGCAUGGAACCUAGAUGGAACAGUGGUGUCCUUAAUGAGCGAAUUUAAACUUUCUGAUAACAUCAAUGAUAUGAUAGUGAGUUCAUAUUCCAUUUGA